AUGGAGUGGGUGCUGGCGGAUGCGCUGCUCUCGCAGAGCCGGGACCCCCGGGUCCUGCUUGGGGCGCUGUGCCGCGGGGAGGUAUCUGCGGAGCGCGUGGAGACCCUGUGUUUUCUUCUGCAGCGACUGGAAGAUGAGGAAGCGCGCGGCGGCGGCGGCGGCGGCGGCGGCGGCGGCGGCGGCGCGGGCGCGCUCCCGGAGGCGGCGCGCGAGGUCGCCGCCGGGUAUCUGGUGCCGCUGCUGCGGGGCCUGCGCGGGUGCCCAGCGGGCGGCGCGGAUGACCCUGGGCCCGCGGCCCGCCAGCGCCGGCGUGUGCUGAGGGCGGCAGGCGCUGCCCUGCGCUCGUGCGCCCGCCUAGCCGGGGGCCCGCAGCUGGCGGCCGCGCUGGCCGAGGAGGCGCUGUGCGACCUGCUCAACGCGCGGCCCGCGCCCGGCUUCGAAGGGGCCGUCGAGGCGGCCGUGGAGGUGCUGGCGGCCGUGGGGCCCUGCCUGCGGCCUCGCGAGGACGCGCCCCUGCUGGAGCGAGUGGCGCGGGCCGCUCUCGCGCUGGCGCUGGGUGGGGACAAGGCGGGGCCGUCCCCGGACGCUGCGGCGCUGGUUGCCGGGCGGCUGCUGCCGGCUCUGGGCCGGUGCGGCGGGGCGGCGCUGCGGGUUGUGUGGGGCGGGCUGGUUGCGCCCGGGGUGUCUGAGGAGCCGGGCCGCGUCGGGUCGCAGCUGCUGAUUCUGAGCGCCCUCGCCGAGAAGCUACUGCCAGAGCCCGGCGCAGACAGCGUGCCUGCCGCGCGCGAGGCGGGCUUGGACGCCCGGCGCUGCUGGCGCUUCUGGAGCGCGGUGCAGGCCGGGCUGGCCUGGUCUGAGGACGCCUUGACGCGCAAGCGGGCGCGCUACCUGCUGCAGCGGGCUGUGGAGGUGUCGGCGGAACUGGGGACCGACUGCGCGUGCGCCCCCGGCGAAGGAACCGGCCCAAGUCUGUUUUGGUGGUCUGAGAAGAAAAAAGAUGAGCUUCUAAAGUUUUGGGAAAACUAUAUUUUAAUUAUGGAAACUCUUGAAGGAAAUCAGAUACAUGUUAUAAAGCCAGUUUUACCAAAGCUAAACAGUCUGUUUGAAUAUGCAGUGUCAGAGGAAUAUGGAUACUGGCUCUUUCACCCAUCCUGGCAUCUGUGCAUUUAUAAAAGAAUGUUUGAAAGUGAAAAUAAAAUCCUGACUAAAGAAGGUGUUACCCAUUUUUUGGAACUGUAUGAAACAAGGAUUCUUCCAUUUUCACCAGAAAUUUCUGAGUUUAUCAUUGGACCAUUAAUGGAUGCACUUUCAGAGAGCUCUCUGUACAGCAGGUCCCCAGGCCAGCUGAUAGGAAGUGUUUCUCCACUGGGACUGAAAUUACAGAAGUUUUUAGUCACUUAUAUUUCUUUUCUUCCAGAAGAAAUAAAGAGUAGUUUCCUGUUAAAAUUUAUUCAGAGGAUGACAAGCAGACAUUGGUGUGCUGUUCCCAUUUUGUUUUUAUCUAAGGCUUUGGCAAACGUCCCAAGAUGUAAAGCUCUGGGUAUAGAAGGACUUCUUGCCCUCAGGGACGUUCUGCAGUGCACCAUGGUCACACAUCAGAUCCUCCUGAGAGGGGCGGCGCAGUGCUAUCUCCUGCAGGCCACCAUGAAUCUGGUAGACGUGGAGAAAGUGUCACUCUCUGACAUCUCAACUUUUCUCAUGUCAGUGAGACAAGAGGAGUCAUUAGGAAGAGGAACUUCACUGUGGAUGGAGCUCUGUGAUUGGUUGCGUAUUAACGAAAGCUGUUUCAAGCAAUCCUCAACUUGUAGCUCCAUUGGACUUCACGAGACUUCUUCUUUAAAUGCUUAUGUCAGGAACCUAGUGCAAGAGUAUAUUAGGUCACCUGCCUGGGAAGGAGGAGAAAACAGCUGUAUGCCUGAUUGGUUUGAAGCUAAGCUUGUUGCUAUGAUGGUGUUGCUGGCCAUAGAUGUAGAAAGAAUGAAGAGUCAAUAUAGUGAAAAGCGGAGGACACAGAAUGUAUUAAGGAUAUUCUUAGAUCCUCUCCUGGAUGCCCUUGUGAAGUUUGGUACAAAUGCCUACAUGCCCUUGCUGAAAACUGACAGAUGCCUGCAGUUGCUGUUGAAGUUACUGCACACUUGCUUGUUGAAAGGUUCCGGUACCCGAGAUGAUGAGGUAUUUACUCUUCUUCAGAACUUUAUCAUGUCUACUACAGAGAGCAUUUCUGAAUUUAUUCUCAGACGACUUACUAUGAAUGAACUAAGUACUGUUUCAGAUCUGGAUCGUUGCCAUUUGUACCUGAUGAUGUUAACUGAGCUUAUAAAUCUCCACUUGAAUGUUGGGUGGAAAAGAGGCAACCCUAUUUGGAGAGUUAUUUCUCCUUUGAAAAAUGCAUCCAUUCGGCAUCUUCAGGAGAUGGACCAUGGACAGGAGCCCACACUGGGCAGACAGAUGCAGAGAGCUGCCAGCAUGGCUGCCUUGGCCAUGGUGUAUGAGGUCCUCAGCCAGAAGCCAGAGCUACAGCCGGACUCUCUGGAUGCGGAUCCCCCAGAAAUGUUCAUCUCAUCACUCCAGCUCAAUCAGACUCUGCAGAAGCCCCACACAGAGGGGGAGAGCAGUUUUUUUGAAGAGUCAUCAUCUUCCCAAGGAUGGGGGAAAAUAGUUGCACAAUAUAUUCACGAUCAGUGGGUCUGCCUCUCUUUCUUGUUGAGAAAAUGUGACACCCUUACACCAGCCUCAGAGGGUGAAGUUCCAGUGGCAGUACGGACUUUGCAGUCUGCACUAGAAGCCCUCACAGUUCUUCCUUCUGAGCAAGUCUUACCUGUGUUCCACUGUAUGAAAAUUUUGGUUCCCAAGCUUCUGACCACCUCUGAAUCACUCUGCAUAGAAUCUUUUGACAUGGCAUGGAAAAUCAUAGCCUCUUUAAGCAACACUCAGCUGAUAUUCUGGUCUAAUUUUAAAGCUUUUGUUCAGUUUGUUUUUGAUCCCAAAGUUCUUACCAUCGCUGCGAAAAUCAAGGGCCAGGCAUAUUUCAAAAUAAAAGAGAUUAUGUACAGGAUAAUUGAAAUGUCUGCUAUAAAAACUGGAGUCUUCAAUAUCCUGAUAAGUUAUUGCUGCAGAUCUUGGGUAGUUUCUGCUUCCAAUGUGUCUUUAUCAAUUGCUAAAAAUUACAGUGAACUUGUCCUUGAGGCAUGUAUAUUUGGAACUGUGUUUCGGCGUGAUCAAAGACUUAUUCAGGAUGUACAGACGUUCAUAGAAAAUCUUGGACAUGAGUGCGCAGCAAAUGUUGUUAUUGAAAAUACCAAAAGAGAAGACCAUUAUGUGAGAAUUUGUGCCGUCAAAUUCCUGUGUUUAUUAGAUGGCUCAAAUAUGUCUCAUAAGUUGUUUAUGGAAGAUCUUGCAAUCAAGCUAUUGGAUAAAGAUGAGUUGGUGUCCAAAUCGAGAACUCGAUACUAUGUGAACUCUCAACAACACAGGGUGAAAAACCGAAUAUGGCAGAUUCUGCUUGUACUUUUCCCCAAAUUUGAUCAGAAUUUCUUGAAUAAAAUUAUUGACAAGAUUUUCCAGGCUGGCUUCAUCAAUAAUCAGGCAUCCAUAAAAUAUUUUAUAGAAUGGAUUAUUAUACUGAUUCUUCAUAAAUUCCCUCAAUUUCUUCCGAAGUUCUGGAACUGCUUUUCUUAUGGUGAAGAAAACCUUAAAACAAGCAUUUGUACAUUUUUAUCAGUUUUGUCACAUUUGGACAUCAUUACUGAAAAUAUCCUGGAAAAGCUUCUCUGCUUCCGCCCUCCCGCUAAUGACAGAUGCACUUUGACACAGAGGCAUACUAAGAAACUAAUUCUGAAGCAAGCCCUUAUUAUCGUGCUGCAGUGGUGCUUAAACCACAAUUUUAGCAUUCGACUGUAUGCGCUAGUCGCUCUUAAGAAAAUCUGGAGCAUGUGUAAGGGGUUACACAUUGAAGAACUUGAGGCUUUAACUUCUGUUAUUGAAUCCAGUCUGAGUCAAGUGGAAAACAUGCACGGAGCAGGGAGCGCGAAGAAGAACUGGCAACGCAUCCAGGAGCAUUUCUUUUUCACAGCGUUCCACCCGCUGAAGGAUUACUGUCUGGAGACGAUAUUUUACAUCCUUCCACGCCUCUCCGGCCUUAUUGAGGAUGAAUGGAUUGCCAUUGGUAAAUUUACCAGGUUCACUGACAUUCCUUUAGAUGCAGGAUUUCAGUGGUACCUUUCUACAACUCAACUGUGUGAACUAAAACCAGGUGACUGGUCCCAGCAGGACGUAGGUUCCAACUCAGGUGAAGCAGAUAACCAGUCAGAGUGGAUUGAUGUUCAGAAGAAGAUUAUCCCGUGGAAGAACCAUGUUCCAGACUUGGACCUGGAGCUGGUAUUUCAGGAUCGUGCUGCCAAACUUGGAAAGUCAAUCAGCAGACUGAUUGUAGUGGCCUCACUCAUUGAUAAGCCAACCAAUUUAGGAGGGCUGUGCCGGACCUGUGAGGUGUUCGGGGCCGCGGCGCUGGUCAUGGGCAACCUUCAGUGUGUCAGAGACAAGCAGUUUCAGCACCUCAGUGUUUCAGCAGAACAGUGGCUUCCUUUAGUGGAGGUAAAACCACCUCAGCUGAUCGAUUAUCUACAACAGAAAAAGGCAGAAGGUUACACCAUCGUGGGUGUGGAACAGACUGCCAAAAGUGUAGACCUAACCCGGUACUGCUUCCCUGAGAAGUCUUUACUCUUGUUGGGCAACGAACGUGAAGGGAUUCCAGCGAAUCUGAUCCAGCAGCUGGAUGUGUGUGUGGAGAUUCCUCAGCAGGGCAUCAUCCGCUCCCUCAACGUCCACGUGAGUGGGGCGCUGCUGAUCUGGGAGUACACCAGGCAGCAGCUGCUGAAGCAGGGGGGCUCCACGGCCUGACGCCCGCGCCUCACCUGACACGGGUUGUUGUUGGUGCUGCUGAAAUGUUUAAAACUACCUGGACUCAUGAGAUAGAUUCUGAAAUUGACUGGGAUAGUUUUGUCUUUUUUAUUCACAGUUUAAUGCCAAAACUUUAUCAUGUGCCUUAACUAUAUUACUGUAUAUGUUGUCCCCUUUAAUAAACAUUU